AUGGCGUCGUACUUCGAGGAGCACGACUGCGAGCCCGGAGCCCCGACGGGGCCCGCUGCCGCCCGCCGCGCCCUGCUGGAGCUGGCCAGGUCCCUCUUCCACGGCCUGGAGAUCGACGUGGGCGCCCUGCAGGGCGGCGACUGGGACCACCGGCUGCCCCCGCCCGCCGCCAGGAGCGCCGUGGAGGGGCUGCCCGAGGUGCGGGUGGGCGCCCCGCAAGCAGCGAAGGGGCUCCGGUGCCCGGUGUGCCUGCUGGAAUUCGAGGCGGAGGAGGCGGCGAGGAAGAUGCCCUGCCAGCACCUCUUCCACGCCGGCUGCCUCCUGCCCUGGCUCGGAAAGACCAAUUCCUGCCCGCUCUGCCGCCACGAGCUGCCCACCGAGGACCAGGACUACGAGGAGUACAAGGAGGAGAAGGUCCGGAGGCAGCAGCAAGUGCACCGGCUGGAAUAUCUCCAUGGCGCCAUGUACACGUGACCCCCACCCCACCCCCCACGGUUGCCUUGGCCACCUGGGCCCGGUUGCAAAGGGGGGGGGCAAGAAAAGCAGCACUCGCACCUGACGCUGUGGGUCCCCCCCCUUCCUCAAAUAGGCAGAGCUCAGAGUGAUUUUUGAAAAAUAAAAAUAGCACAAGUCUUUGUUAUCA